AGCUCAGUUAAUUGUUGGACACACUCCGUGGCGGUUGUGCAGGCGGACGAAAUCGACUUUGAGGCGCUGACGGGGCUCUUUUCGUGUGAGUGAGUGAGUGUGCAGGAAACGAGGUGCAUUGGAAAAGAAGUAAAAAGAAAUAAAGUGACAAAAGGGUUAGGCCCCCAAGUAAAAGUUACCCGCAGCCGCGACAAGUGCUUGAUAAUUGUUGAAUUCUGGCACCGAACGAAAGACUCUGGCAACGAACUCGGUGAACUCUUCGCGCCAGUCCGUUAUUUAUUGAGGCCAACUAAGCGUGGGCCAUCGUCUGCCAUAAUUGGAUUAAUUCACAGCUCUUGGACACAAAGUAUUCGCCAACCAAAUAUAAACAAAGUAAACGACUGUAUACCCAACGCAUUAAGAGAAGUCAUUAACAACGGCGGCCAACGGCCAAGUGGCAACGUGCAACGUCAACAAAAUGAUCUUAAGAAUACUUCUCCUGUGUAUGCUGUCGGUGGCGUAUGGGCAAUAUCAUCAGUUUGGAGAGCAACUCCAGACGGCCCACGGCUCCGAUUGUGCACUUCUGUUGGCCGGACCCGGUCGCUCCUCCGUCUACGACUACAACGUGAAUUUAUUCCGCGGCACUUUGAACCCCUACAACAAUGGACCGGGCACUUGCAUCACCUACGAUGCCAUCAAUGCGGCCUACAUGGAUGCACGGAAGCGAAUACAUGUGGCCCAGCCAAAGUCGGAUUGGAAGCCAGAGGAACUGGCCACCGUGGGCGAACUGCUGCUCGACAUUUCCAUUCAAUUGGCCCGAACCUAUGGCUUAUCGUAUGAAGAAAUAGAAAAGGGACUGCCGACAAUUGAUACCUCGAAGACUCUGAUCCGUGAGGUGUGUCCACCCUUUUUCGCUGGAGUUGAGUGUCGCCCGGGAAAAUACCGCCGAUUCGAUGGCCUCUGCAACAAUAUCGAACAUCCGACUUGGGGAGCAGCCAAUUCUCCGUUCCAGCGCCUGAUCGGCCCACUAUAUUCGGACGGAAUUAACGCUCCCCGGAUUUCGGUUACUGGCCGGGAUCUGCCCUUCUCGCGAGUGGUUUCACGCACCAUGCAUCCCGACGAUGGUUUCCACGAUCAUGCAGGCACCGUUAUGGUCAUCGCCUGGGGACAGUUCAUGGAUCACGACUUUACGCUCACGGGAACACCACUGGAUCCCAUUAACCGCAAUGAUCCCGAGGAGUGCUGCAAGCGACCACUGCAUUUGAAGCACCCGUACUGCAAUGAGAUCCGAAUUCCCGAUGAUGAUUACUUCUACCGUCUGUUUAAUGUCAAGUGUAUUGAUUUUGUUCGCGGAUUCCCCUCGCCUCGUCCAGGAUGCAAAUUAGGUUCCCGUCAGCAGUUUAACACCCUGACAGGUGUCAUAGAUGCCAACACCGUUUAUGGGGUGAAAGAGGCCUUUGCCAGGAAGCUGAGAACUGGCUAUGGAGGACUGAUGCGCAUGAAUCCUGUGUUCCAGGAGUACGGUCUGAAGGAUCUGCUGCCCCUGAAGUUGGACAUUCCCGAUGAGGGCUGCACACGUCCCAACAAGAGCAUGUACUGUUUCGAGGGCGGUGAGAUUCGAGUCAAUGAGCAACUGGUGCUCACCUGCAUGCACACUUUGAUGGCCCGGGAGCACAAUAGAUUGGCCACCGGAUUGGCGCAGAUAAAUAAACACUGGGACGAUGAGACACUGUUCCAGGAGACAAGACGAAUCAAUAUCGCCAUUGUGCAACACGUAACCUUCAACGAGUUUCUACCCAUUUUACUGGGCAAAGAAGUGAUGGAGAAGUUCGGUUUGGUUCUCCAGAAAGACGGCUACUGGGAUGGCUACGAUCAUACAGUAAAUCCCGGCAUCAUUGACUCCUUUGCCGGUGCUGCAUUCCGUUUUGGCCACUCCUUAUUGCCAACUGCAGUGGAACGCUGGUCCAAGGCCCACAAGUUUAUUGCCUCCAAACGUCUGUCGGAUUUGAUCAGGAGACCCUACGAUCUGUACCGUGCCGGAGUCUUGGAUGAGUACUUCAUGGGUCUGAUGAACCAGGUGGCCCAGGCAAUGGAUGAUUCGAUCACCCAGGAGGUGACCAAUCAUCUUUUCAAGAAAGAGGGCGCCCGAUUCGGAAUGGAUUUGGUGUCGUUUAACAUGCAGCGCGGUCGGGAGUUUGGUAUUCCCGGUUACAUGGAGUUCCGGAAGUUCUGCGGUCUGCCCACCUCGAACACUUGGGAUGAGAUGUAUGGAUCCAUGCCCAAUGAGACGGUUCUGCGAUAUGGCAGCAUAUUUGAGCACCCUGCUGAUAUUGAUCUUUGGUCUGGCGGCGUCUCGGAGAAAUCCCUUCCUGGUUCGAUGUUGGGUCCGACCUUUGCCUGCGUGAUCGCCACCCAAAUGAGCUAUUUGCGACGUGGAGAUCGGUUUUGGUAUGAGCUGCCCAACCAGCCCUCAUCAUUCACUCCCGAGCAACUGCAGGAAAUUCGGAAGGCAAAGCUAUCCCGCUUGAUCUGCGAUAACACCGAUUUAAUUGAUACUGUGCAGAUUUACCCCAUGGUUUUGCCUGAUCAUGAAAUCAAUCCACGAGUGCCCUGCAAGAGUGGUAUCAUACCAUCAAUUGAUUUGUCUAAAUGGGCGGACUAUGGCGGCCAUGGCGUAGAUCCCUCUCUCUAUAACUACAUCAACGAAAUACCCGACACGCUACUGAACUUUAGGAAGUAACUGCCAUUUGUGUUUUCCACGUUUUGUUUACCAAUCUCGAUUCAUUUAUUGGACUCUAUAUCUUCUGUCUUCAAUAGUUCUAUAACUUUUCCUUCCUUACUGCUUAGUCUCUCAACUAGUCUUUGCUCACCAUCCGCAUUUCUAUAGCCAGUCAGUAGUUUUGACACUGCCAUUUUCUUCAGAGCCCUUUCCAGCAUUUCCAUGCAUAAACAUAAACCCAUACAUUCUCUGUAUAUAUUAUUAUUAAAUAGAAGAAAUAGAACGAUUAAGUUAAAACAUAUCGAUGCAAUCAGAAAACGAUAAAGAAAAUAAAAAUAAUUUUUAAAGGAUAUCUCGAUGUAAGUUUUUGUAUAUGCAAGUAAUUUUUAAAUAAAAUUUAAAAACAAAA